ACAUGACACACCUGUUGAAUGAGGACUAGCAGGUUAGCAGCCCAUUACUCGACCAUUGUGCGUUUGUUAUCAUAACAUUUCGAACGCGUGGCACCUUAUAUUCAGCUUUAUAACCGGGCAUCAGGAUGGUGAGCAGUCAGGUAAAGGCCACAGGGCGCGAUAAUCCACCUAAACACUCCGAACAGCGCGACUAUUCGUACAACGGGUCACCGCUGCCAGCAGAACCUCCUUCAAACGCAAAUGGACCGAAUCCACCGGUACCGAGCCAGAAAACUUCAGGGGGAAAUAAAGACAAUUACAGCAGUCAAACAGGACCAAAAAAACACAUGUCUACUUCUGAAAAGAAGUAUGUUGGAGUCCGAGUGAGAAUGCCAGUGCGGGACAUGCUCAGAAAUAUACAGAUAGCCAAGGGUAUUGACCCGAAAGAUCUGCAGGGAAAAUGUUCAAAAGCUUCUAAAGGGGAGAAGAAAAGAGUUAACACCGGUGGAAACCAGAGACGUUUUCUGAAGAAACAUCAAACAAAAAGCCUUGAUGAGCUUGCAAUUAUAGUAGAAGUGCUGGAAGAGGAUCUCAAGACUUGUCAGUUAAACAGAUCGCCAAAUAAAAGCCCUUCAGGUUCAUACUCUAAGUUCUGGGUUGAAGAUGCAUCUCCACAAGGUGUCAUGAACACAUAUGGCCAGGAGAAUGAGAUGCCUCUGUCUCCAAGCUACUCUGUACCCUCCUCAACCUCCCCUUUUCAUUCUGUGUCCAGCCUCUACCCAUCCCCAACUUACAGCCAGGGUGCCGAUGUCUUCUUCGGGAAUCAGGAAGACUCUAGUAGUUAUGAGUCAGAUAAGUACAGGUAUGAUGAUCUAUAUGGAAUGAGCUGCUCUCCUGCCAAUUCAUGCGAAUACCAGGUACCCUCUCCACAAGACUCAUUAAACGCCAGUCCCAACCCAGAUGUCUGGGAGGUUUCUUCUCAAAAGAUGAACUAUCCACUAUGGCCAUACUCUCAGCAGGAGGAGUGGAGCAGUGUGACCUUCUUUUGGACUCAACUGGAAAGAGAGGAGACUCUGCUGAAAGAGAUAUCGGACCAAGAGCUUCUUGCUGUAGACAAAAACGGAAGGAUUCUUUUACACCAAGUUGUUGAGGAGGGAAAGAGAUCUCUUGUGUACGUGAUUGCCAGAAGGAUGGCAGCUCUGAAGAAACUGGAUAUCAAAGAUUCAGAGGGAAAGACUCCCCUUCAUCUUGCUGCACAAAAGAAUCAACACUUCAUGGUGGCUGAUUUGGUGUCACUUGGUGCAAAUAUCAAUGUGAAGGAUCGAUAUGGGAAAACAUGUCUUCAUCUCAGUGCAGAGAAUGGAUAUAUUCGAGUCUUGGAGGUCCUGAAAAGUUUGAUGAGAAAUGGCAUAUAUAUUAAUUUGGAGGAAAGAGAUGCAAACGGGCUCAGUGCGCUGCAGUGUGCGGCAGUAUCUCUUAACCACACAGUGCGUGAACUGGAGCUGUGCGAGUCUGCAGGACGGGUCAGACUGCACACCCUUCGCAAGGAGCAGAUGAUGGAAACGCUAGAGUGUCUCCUUCAAAUGGAGUGUUAUUUACACGCUCCGGCCAGAAACAACAUGAUUUAGGAGCAGCUGCUUCUAGCAAGAGUUGUUUUCUCUGUCAAGCCAGGCAGUGCUGUUAACUGACGGUAAAUGUUUUUGAGUGAAUACAAGCUUUUACUUGCCAUUGAAGACAAAAUCUACAUAUAUGUACUCCUUUUCAUAUAUAUAUAUAUAUAUAAACACGCACACACAUUACUUAAAGGAGGAUGAGGAUAGUCUUCAAGUCAAGGUAAAGCUAUGUAUUAUGCAACUGUAGAUUUUGUUCCAUGUUCAGGUGAAAAGUGGGGAGCAAAAACACAAUGGUUGCCCAUUAGCUGGUUUCUGUGAAACUUCCACUGUUAGUUACAUUUGAGUAGCAAAAUGUUUAAAAAGGAAUAAAAGUGUGGUAAGACCUACGAGUCAAAUGCCACCAUUCCUAUUUUCUCCAAGAGCAAAUAGUUUUGAUACUGAGGAGACGGUAAUGCUUAUGUAUAUUGGUGUACAAAGGCAAAAUGCAGUAACUGUGUCAAAAGUGGAACUGAAUUAUUUUUUGUUCUUAUUGAUUGAUUAUUUUAUUUUUUUUCUGAUUCUGAAUUUUAGAAGACAAGAUUUUGACAAAAAAAGCAGUUGUUGUAUUUUGCCUUCGCACAAUAAUAUACUUACAAUAAUAUACAAUAAUAUGUUUCCUAAUAACACUUACAGCAAAAUAUAUAAAUAUUGGUUAUUUUCCUUUUUGCAAAGUUGCAAGUGUAUUCUUAUUCUCAAAUCGAAACAUUUGGGGUCAGUAAGAUUUAUAUUUCUAUUUUUUUUUUAAAGAAAUUAUUAGAUCAAUUUAGAAAGGAUGCAUUAAACUGAUCACAAGUGACAGUAAAGGCAAUUGGGAAUGUUAAAAAAUAUAUUUCUCUGUCAACCAAAAGCUUCUUUUGAACUUUAUAUUUAUUAAAGAAUCUCAAAAAACAGUAUAAAGGUUUCCACAAAAAUAUUAAAGAGCAAAAACUGUUGAUGAUGAUAAUAAGCAAUUAUUUAUUGGAAUGAUUUCAGAGGGUUCAUGUGACACUGACGAUUGCUGAAAAAGCUGUAAAUUCAGUUUUGUAUUCACAGGAAUAAUUUACUUUUUUAAAAUAGAAAAAAAGGUAGAAAAUUGUAAUUUUAAAUUUUAAUAGUAUUUCACAGUAUUUUUUUAAAUUAGUUUUUUUGUUUUAUUUUAAUUAAAUAAAUUAAAUAUUAGCAGUCAUUGUGUGAAUAAGAGGCUUCUUUCAAAAACAAAAAAAAAUCGAAUUGACUCCAAAUGUCUAUAUCGAUAUCUUAUUUGCUAGAGUGGUAUGAAAACAAAGAAGAACUUUGUUUUCUGAUGAUUUGAUUUAGAAAGUAUACUGCAAGUUAGUGUUUGAGGUGAGAUGCUAAAAAUAUUCUCAUUAACUUUUGUGCUUAUGUAAGAAAGAAAAAAAGCUUCUUAACACUGGCUGUGAUUGGUAAUAAUGAGAAUCCACUUAUACAAAUAAUACAGAGCCAUGAGUGUGAUCCUGAUUAAAGCUCUUUUUAAUAGUGUCUAACUCUGACACAAUGAAACCUAUUUGUUCUGUGUAUCAGGGACUGUAAGGGGUUUCCAACAACAUGGUAUUUAGCAUAUUUUUAUUAUAGGUAAAGGUAAUAUUCUUUAAUAUAUCUUAGAAUUCAUGUUUUGUAAUUGUUCUCCUUUUCUGUUUUACAUUAUUAAAUCAUCGGCCAUGUAACGCUGUUAAAGUUACACGGGGACAGCGAGGGUGAAAUGUAUCUCUUGUAUACCAAAUAUAAUGGGGGUGCUGUAUGUAUAUGAUAUAUCUAGGGCUUCAUUUAUAUUUUAUUGUAAGACCUCUUACGUAGUAUGUUUUAGUUUAGUUUUAUGGUUAAGUUUUUUUUAAAUAUGUAUUAACAUAUAUGGUAUCAAAAUAGACAUAGGGGAGUGGGUAUGAAUUAAGACAUUUGUGGUCGUCUGUCUAAAUGGAUUUCAAUUAUAAAUACUCAUAUCAGGUAAUGGGUGUAUGUGAGUUUGAAUUGAGCAUCCUCAUGAUAAUUAAAACUGUCUUAUUUUCUUUAGUUUUUAAUUAAUAUGUGUAUUAAGUUACUGGACAAAAAUGAGAAUGCUUUUUUUUUCUUGCCAAUUCAUAAUGUGUGAAAAUAAACAGUAUGUAGAAUAUUGCAGAUUAAGUAUUUGGUCAUUAAAUGUCAAAGAUUUGUGAUCACAUAACUCUGGUCACGUCACGUUUGCGUAUACAAAAGAGAUUUUUGUAUUAUUGGUAUUGGGAGUUAUUCUUGCAUUACUCUGGGAAGAGGAGUUCUCAUAAACUUAAAUUAUGAGUUUUUGGAUUCCUAUCAGUCAUCUCUUGCGCAGCUCUGUGCCAGAGGCAUUAUGGGGCAGGUUUGUACAGAUGAGAUACCAGUGUAAUUAUCUGCUUGCUCUGUUGAGAGAGAAAAGGGAGUCUUUCUAUGGAUAUAGACACAGUUUCUGUUACAUAUAUACAUGCUGUCGGGAAAAUAAUAAAGUGGUUACAUUCUA